AUGGACUCAAAACCCCCACCAGCGCCACUCCCAUCCUCAGGUGGUCCAGGCCCACCACUCAACCGCACAAAAUCGUACCUCCAAUUUCGACCGAGACGGGCAAUAGCAUCGUUCGAGAAUUUGGUGGUAUUGGCGAAUUAUGAGGAGAGGCUGAAGGAGGCGAGGAAGAUGGUGUGGAGGGAUAGAGGGGAGCCGGCCGUGGAGGUGGGCGAUUUGUGGGAGUGUUUGGAACAUGGGACGAGAGGCGGAUUGAGAGCGGCCACGUUGGCGUUUGCGAUACGGUCGGGGAUCAACUUUUUUAUUCUUAUGGCUAGGAUCAAGAACUUUCCGAGAAAGCACCGAAUAAGUUACAUCCAACAUGCCCUCUUCGGACCAGAUUCGUUCAGAGCGGCUGCUAUGCUUGGCAGUUUCGUGACAUUGUAUAAAUUUCUACUGAACGCCUUCCCCAUCCUCUUCCCUCCAAACCUUCCCCUCUCCGCUCAACUCUCCCGUCUCGCCUCGCUGGACUUCACGUCUAUCCGUUCUCCCUCCUACCUAACCUCCCUCUCAUACCCACCCACACCCACCUCCAACCUCAGACCCAACUCACUACCAUCCUCCGCCCUCGACGACGAUGAUGAUGAAGACGACGAAACGCCCAGCCCCUCCUCUUCCCUGCUCACGAUCGACAGCCAACGAAUGAGAACAGGCGGUACACUUCUAGCGCACAGAAGAGCAAGGCUGAGCACGACGGCGCAGAUGCGCCAGGUUUGGGUGCGGAAGAAGACGAGGAGGUGGCAUGCGGUCGUCGCUGGUGCGAUUGCGGGAGGGUUGGCGAUUUUGUUUGAGAGGAGUAAGGGUGGACGGAGGACGGUUAUUGCGCAGCAGUUGUUUGUUAGAGGGCUGCAAGGAUCAUAUAACGCGUUCUCGACGAAGCAUAAUUUUAGUAUUCCGUAUGGGGAUGUUAUCGUGUUUUCGCUCUGCUGUGGACAGAUCCUCUAUGGCUUCCUGCUUCGGCCAGAUACACUUCCUAGAUCAUAUGUGACCUGGAUCAACCAGGCCGGAAAGAUCCCCGCAGAAGGCGUCAGCAUGAACCGUGACCUAGUCAGAGACGGAUUCUUCAAGCUCGAAGAUCUCGAGAGGGUCCUCGAGCGAAACGAAAUCCUCCCCUCGAACUCGACCGAGCUCGUCGCUCGUCUUACAGCUGCCACGGCCUUUGAGCCACCUAUAUGGGGGACGCGGUAUGGGCCGUGUGCGGCGGUGCAUCCUGCUGUGGAGUCGUGCUUGGCGGUUCCGGUGGAUAGGUGGAUGCUGCCGAUUUACGGUGCGCUGCACUUUAUACCGAUGAUGCUAUUCAAGAGGAAAGCGUUUGCCCAAGAGCCGGUCAAAAUGCUGGGGAGAGCAGGAUGGGGAACGAUGAGGAGUGCGGCGUUCUUGGGGACGUUCGUCGUGAUCUAUCAAUCUUUCUUCUGCUUCAAGCAUAACCUCUACGACCUCCUCCUGCGUCUCCGCACCCGCUCCCCGUCAGGAUCAUCAGGAUCAUUCAAACCGCCCCUCUGGCUCGUCAACCUCCUCAUCUCAAAACAGUCCUUCUGGCUCGGCGGACUCCUCUCGGGCCUAAGUCUAUUCGUCGAAGCGAAGAGAAGGAGAGGAGAGCUGGCUAUGUACGUGCUUCCGAAGGGUUUGGAGAGCGCGUGGGUCAUGGCGAGGGGGAAGGGGCUGGUGCCCAGAAGCGGGAGAGGGGAAGUUGGGGAGGCGGUGCUGACGGCCAUUGGAAUGGGGAUGGUUAUGAGCACAUACCAGCAUGACCCACAGCACCUCUCAGGCCUCGUUAGGCGGAUAUUGUACCAGUUUAUCGGACCGAACUGA